GUACGCAUGUAUUAGGCUAUGUGUGUGUAUGUGCUUAAAAAGGCAUAGCAACCAGACAGACAAGCGGACGUUUCUCAAGCAAUGAAAGUGAACGAGACGAAUAAAUUGUGCUUAUAAGGACUGCCACAAACGCUACAAGCGUAAAAAGCAUUCGCAUAAAGCUCCCCAAUGAUCACACAUGCAUUUUUCGCGGGGCUUACAUUUUAUUAGCCAAAUUAAGACAAUCAUAUACUGAAUCGGGGGGAAAAAGAAAAAACUAAAAACUAAUAAUCGCAUUGAAUCUUCGUUUUAGCGAAGCACAUGUGCAUGUGUAUUAGUGUGUGUGAGAGAUAUGUAUGGAUAUUUGUUCGUGUAUGUGCUAAACUUGAAAUACAACGCAAACGCAACGAGAACAAAACUUGUCAAGUUGCAGCCGAUUUAUACAGAACUUAUAAUUAGGCUGUGCCGCUAAAAAAAAAGUAAAAAUAAGUGAGUCCAUUUAAAGCGAGCCGUCAAAAGAAAAUAGACGGAGACGCUUUGCUUUGCUGCCCACAGGAUCGCCAAUGCUGCGCCAGAGCAAUUGCUGCAGUUCUAACUACACGACGCUCAAGAACGCCAGCAGAAGCAGAGGCAGAAGCAGCAGCCGGAAGAGGAACUGCUGAUCAACACUAACAAAACACACACACAAACUCACAGCACGCGCACGCUGAGAAGAGAGGGAGAGACUUGAAGAGCAAGAUCCUUGACAGUGUGUCAGAGUGAUAGAGACAGAAGCAGUUAGACACAGAGCGAACGCAACAGAGAAAGGAAGAGAGACAUAGAGAGGGAGUGAGAGUGAGAGGGAUUCGCUGUCCAGCACACAAAACGCCCAUUUGAAUGGAUCCGUGUGUUGGCUGGUUUCAGGAGGAACAGGAGGGACCAGCGUUGCGCACAUGGUUAAAGAUUUGGGAAACGAAUGCCCAGGAAAUGGGUGCACUUCUUGAGCAGCAGCUACAGCAGAACAACAACAAUAACAACAGCAGCAACAGCAACGGAAACAACAACAGCAACAACAGCAGCAGCAGCAGCAACGGAAACAACAACAACAACAACGUGGUGGUGGGCACAAGCAAUAUAAAUAGGCUACUGAACAACGGUCCUACGAUCAGCCUGCGUGAUCCCGACUCAUUACAAAUUCUUCUUCAGCAGUUUAACGGAACGGCGUCGUCAUCGUCAUCGCGUCACGGCAACACAAACGGCGGAGGCAAAAGCUCAAGCAACACGUCUAUCGAUUCCACAUCGAACAACGACAAUAACUCGCCAGCGAGCAGCAGCAGCAGUUGCAGUGGCAGUGGCAGCGCUAACGGGAACGGUAACGGUAACAGUAGCAACACCAACAGCGUCACAACAAACACCACGGGCAGCGGGACAACGACAACAACAACAGGAACAGUAACAGGAACAGCAACGACAACGGCAACAACACAACAAGCAACGACAACAAACACAACAACAACUGUGUCGGCAGCAACAGCUGCCAACAGCACAACGACGACGUCAACUGGUGGCGAUAGCACCACUAGCAACAGCAGCAACACCACAACAACAGCAGCAGCAGGAACAGCAACAACAACAACCGGCAGUGGCAACACCACCACCACCACCACCAAUACCAACAACUUUGUAACCAAACCCGCAUCCAAAGUGCCGCUGCACGAGCGCGCCAACACGUAUUACAAUCCAUCUCGAAGGAAACGCGUCGUGGACAACAAAUCGAGCACUCUUAAUCUGAACAAGCACGCCGAAAUGAUUGCCAAGUACGGCGGUUGUCCGUGGCGCAAACGUGACUUUCAGUACGGCGAGGGUAUUAUCGGAUUGCACGAGGAGAUCGAACACUUUUAUCAAUACGUACUGCCGACACCCUGCGAACACGCCAUUCGCAACGAGGUUGUCAAGCGCAUCGAGAACGUUGUCCAUUCCAUAUGGCCACAGGCGGUUGUCGAAAUAUUCGGCUCAUUUCGUACCGGCCUCUUUCUGCCCACCUCAGACAUUGAUCUCGUUGUACUAGGCCUCUGGGAGAAGCUGCCGCUGCGUACACUGGAAUUUGAGCUGGUUUCCCGUGGUAUUGCCGAGGCGUGCACGGUGCGAGUGUUGGAUAAGGCGUCGGUGCCGAUCAUAAAGCUGACGGAUCGUGAGACGCAGGUGAAGGUCGACAUAUCGUUCAAUAUGCAAUCGGGCGUACAGUCCGCCGAGCUGAUUAAGAAAUUUAAACGCGAUUAUCCGGUGCUUGGGAAGCUGGUGUUGGUGCUGAAGCAAUUUCUAUUAUUGCGCGAUCUCAACGAGGUGUUCACCGGCGGCAUCUCGUCGUACUCAUUGAUACUCAUGUGCAUCAGUUUCCUGCAAAUGCAUCCGCGUGGCAUUUUCCAUGAGAAAACGAAUCUGGGUGUGCUGCUGCUCGAGUUCUUUGAGCUAUACGGUCGUCGAUUCAACUAUAUUAACAUUGGCAUAUCCAUUAAAAAUGGCGGUCGUUAUAUGCCCAAAGAUGAACUGCAGCGUGACAUGGUCGAUGGCCAUAGGCCAUCACUGCUUUGCAUCGAGGAUCCCCUAACGCCCGGCAAUGACAUCGGUCGCAGCAGCUACGGCGCUCUCCAUGUCAAACAGGCCUUCCAAUGCGCCUAUCGUGGCCUUACCCAAGCCGUCUGUCCGCUCAAUCUUUGGGGCACCGAUGCACGUGUCACAUCCAUAUUAGGUCGGAUAAUUCACAUAACCGAUGACGUCAUCGACUAUCGCGAAUGGAUACGCGAGAACUUUGAGCAUCUGGCUGCCGUGGAUCCGCCGCUGUCCGCCUACACGAAUGGCGGCGCCGCCGCCAAGUAUGUGAUCAUGCCCUCCGGUGCCGUAGUGCAUCAGAUUUAUCAUCCGCAUGCGGUGCUGCAGCCUCAUGCUCUGGCCCAGCCAUAUCAUACGGCAGCAGCAGCUGCUGCGGCGGCGGCGGCGGCAGCGGCUGCUGCACAACAACAACAACAACAACAACAGCAGCAGCAACAACAACAUCAGCAGCAGCAACAGCAAUUACAACCGCAGACGCAGCUGAAUCUGACGGCGUUACGUCAUCGGCGGGGAAGCACCUCAUCGGGCGAUGAUUCGGAGGACAGCAAAGACUGCGAUGUGAUUGGGGAGCGUGAGAGUGUCGUUGGUCAGCCAGUUGUGGAGGUCAUUGACAUAACGUCAUCGCCGCCAAAUGGACUACUGGAUGUGACAGCGAUGCCCGUGAAUGUGCCCAUGCCCAUAGUGGUGUCGGGCAGCAGUCACAGUCACAACAGCAGUCACAGCCAUAGUCACAGUCACAGCAGCAAUCACAGCCACAGUCACAGCAGCAAUCACAGCAGCAAUCACAGUCACAGCAGCAACAGCUCAUCAACGGGCUCGUCGCCAGACAUGGAUCAACUCGGUGAUGCCACAACGGCGGAUGCACUGGACGAGCCGACGAUGGUCAACAGUAGUCAUGUCGUUUACACCACCACCACCACAACCAGCACCAGCAUCAGUUCGAGCGUCACAACCACCAACCAGACGGCGACGUCAGCGAUGCGUACAUAUGGCCAACAGCAGCAGCAGCAGCAACAACAGCAACAGCAGGCGGGUCAAAGAAGUCACAGCAAUUCCUAUUAUCGUCAACAGUUCUAUGUGCCACCUCCCAUGCAACAGCAGCAGCAACAACAAUUGACCAAGCAGCAAAGCAGCUACAAUGGCCAUCACCAACAACAACAGCAGCAGCAGCAGCAACAACAACAGAGACCACAACAUUUGCGUCUGUCCAAUAGCAAUAGCAGUAGCAACAACAACAACAACAACAAUAGCAGCAGUGGAGGCUAUCAUCACCAUCAUCAUCAUCAUUCGCAUCAGAAUCAGCAACAGCAACAUCAUCACCAUCAGCAGCAGCAACAACAUCACCAACAUCAUCAUCAACAGCAACAACAACAGCAACAGCAACAUCGUCGUCAUUAUCAAUCGAAAGCGGUAGGUUCGCCCACAGUAUCAUCCACCUGCACAGUGGCAUCAGCAUCAGUGGCAACGAGUAGCAGCCACAGUCUUAAUCACAGUCACAGUCACAGUCAUAGUCACAGUCACAGUCGGUUGCCGCCAAUGCGCGAGACACUGGUCAGCUCACCAUCCUCAAUAUCAAUCAUUUCCAUAUCGUCUGAAUCCUCAGUUGCCAGCUCAAGUUCGUCCUCAUCACGCUCGUCCAGAUGCGGCUCUGGUGGUGAAUCGUCGACAGACUCAACUGCCGGUCAACUGGUCGCUGCUGAGGAUCGCUGAAGAGAGACAACAACAGAUGCGAUCCUAUCAAUAUCAACAAUUCAACCAGAGACGUUAUGGCCUUUGAUUAUGAAAGACGACUGUAGAACGACAGAGAUAGAGAGAGAAAGAGAGAGAGACAGAGAAAAGAGAGAGCAUUAAUUAAUUGAGUGUAUAUGAUGCAGAAAGAGAUAGCAAUAAAGCUGUGUAAUUUUUUAUAAUUUGAUCAUUUGAAA